AUGGUGCAGAAGGGACGCGGCAAAUUCCCCAUCAAGAAAGUAAAUCGGCCAUCACCCGUUGCAAAUGUGGGCAAGAUAGGCAGCUUGACGAGAUACGACGACCGGGAAUAUGCAAACUCGCUUUUGCACGACGCCGUCAAAGAACUAGGCGCGUUAAUCCACGAGUACAAUUUCAAAGUGGGCCUCUUGUGUGAAAUGUUUCCCAAGAGCCCCAAUCUAUUGGGCUUGAACGUGAACAAAGGCCAGAAAAUCAUGUUGCGACUACGAUACCAUCAUAACGAGCGGCUGUUUUUGCCCAUGUGCGACAUCAUUGGCACUUUUCUUCACGAGUUGACUCACAACGUGCAUGGACCUCACGAUAAGAAGUUCUACGACUACCUAGCGCAAUUGGAGAAAAGGUACGGCGAGUUAAAGUAUGGUGGUGGUGGUAAAUCCAAUUACAGAUGCGAGGAAAACACGCUAGGGCGUGGUAUGCUACCGAAUGGACUCGUUGACGUACGGGCUAAAAGGCUAGCUGUGAUGAGUAAGACAAAAUUCAAAGCGGAAACGCAUAAACUUGGUGGCACUGGCUCUCGAAUUGGGAAACCACCAUCGAGUUUACGGCAAGCAGUGUUGGAUGCAGUCCAACGACGACUAGAGGACUCAAAGAGAUGUCACUCUGAUAGACUUGGGGCUGAGCCGGGUCCGGAUGACGACGAGCUUGAUAUGGAAGAGCUAGUUGGUGAUGAUGGUGAUGAUGGUGAUAAUGAAGAUAAAGAUGAUGACGACGAGAACGACGCGCCUGCUCGUCUGGCGAUAGUCCCUGCAAAGAAGUUGGACUUGGAAUUCAUCGAUUUGACGGAGGAUGAAAAGGAGGAUGAAAAAGACAAACAGGAAGGGGAUCCCCGACCGAUGAGUGAAGUUAUAGUAAUAGAUUAA